AUGGCACACCAAAGACACCCCACCGGUCUCGCAUACCUUAUAGGACGUCCAGAUCUCAUGGACGAUGACUAUGAGACAGAGUUUUGCGUCUACCUUCGACAAGCGGCAUCACGACUGAAAACCUACAAAGGAAUCUUGGCUUCCCAUCGCAUGUACGGCAGCGCAAUAGACUAUACACCAAAGUCAGAGAUGGAUGCGUUUCACGCAGCGAAACGUAGCGCUAUAAGCGCCAUCAAACGGACCUUGGAAGAAAUUGAUCGUUGCAUCAUGGUUCGCGAAGCUCCUCGCUAUCAUCGGCUGUGCCAGGAGAUGCAACGUCAGAAAGCCCCUAUACCCAGGGAAGUCCGCGAUAUAGUCUAUGGAUAUAUGUUCCAAGACUCACGUGUCUUGGUAAGAGAAGAAGGCGGAAACUCCGGCCCCGUCGAUCGUCCCCUAGACUGGCUGAAGGAAAGGUCUAUCCCUUACAGCUAUCUACUGAAACCAACUGGCUAUUUCGAAGACUACCCUGUCAUACGACAAGAGCUGAUCCAGGCGUGGUACGAAAACUCUACCUUCUAUAUCGGAGAAGCCAACAACAUCAAAACCUUUCACUCCCGGUCUCAAUGGAGUGCUGGCUUGGACCCACUCGACCUCGUACGAAAAGUAGAAAUAGCGAUGCCUGAACACGACCUUACGAUCAAUCAAACCAGCUACAGGCAACAACUGGAGUCUCUCUUCGUACUCGAAAAGAGUGCUACCAUUGCCAUCGGUUUGUGGGAUCUGAUCCCGGAGGGAUCUGACUUGAUGGACCCGUAUGUUCCUACAAUGAAAGAAUAUGCGGGAUUCGCGGGAUGGCUAUUCCCAGUACUGCGGCGCCUAACAAUUGCCGGAUACAAGGUUAUAGUGCGUAUGGAGUGCGACCUGACGUUCCUGGUGGAACUGGAGGAGACUACUGUGGAAGGGUGGGCAGAGAAGAUUCACGCGGCUAUUGAGGAACGCAAAACGCUCAUGUCGCGUGAGUACUUCACAGAUGAGGAUGAUUCGGACUAUGAUCGCAUGUUCGAUGAGGAUGGUAAUUAUGAUUCGGACUACUUGGACCAGUACGCGGACCCAAUUCCCGUGUACACCGACGAGGCCCAAGAAGAAUACGAAGAGAACCUUCACCGCGCAUCGGAUCGACUACGUGUCUGUUAUCCGGUUGUCAGCGCUCUUAAUGAUCUCUUGGAUAGCGAAAGCAUGGACUCGCUUUCAACAAGCGAAAGUGACCAUGCAAUUUUCACAGCUCGAGGAAUGGCCCAGGAUGAAAUUGACCGAACGCAACCCGAGGUCACCCGUCUCAUCUCGAACCAUGAGGCAAGACCUUGCCGUGAAUUGCUUCGGGAUAUAGAAGGCCGCCUGCCCAUAGAACUUCGUAAGAUGGUAUAUGGGUUCAUCUGGCAGGAUCAACGCGUCCAGUUGGACACUUGUAAGGAGCACCACAAGAACCGCACCAUCGUUCCUUCCACGACGGAACCGAACAAGAGAACGCGUUGGCCUUACGACUGCCUACUAAAGCCCAACUACUUUACUAUCGACGACCCAACAAGGCUCGAGCUAGUUAAGGCGUGGUACGAAUCCAGUACCUUCCUUGUCAAGAAUCCCGCCCUCAUCGACAAGUCUGUCGAAAGGUUUUGUUGGGGCACCAACCUGAGACCGCGCGAUCACAUCAAAAAUUUCGAGAUGAACGUACGGAUUACUGGAGACACUGCUGAACAGGCGGAAAUGGCGCGAAAAGUGCAGUUGCUCAAAUACAGUCUCAAUUGGCCCGCUACCUUCACGAUCGUCCUAGAGAAUCUCCAGGAGCGUAUAGAAGCGGGUGAUUCGGUGGAAGAUUACAUGGGGAAUGCAGCAUGCAUGUUUCCCACAUUGCAGAAUUGGAGACAGCCACACUUGGGGUUCAGGCCCAUAAUCCGUUCCAGGUUAGGCUUGUGCAACAUAAAGUUUGUGGUAGUGCGCGAAGAGAUUACUGUACAAGAUUGGACUGAUAAGGUCGAGGAGGCGACGCGCCGAUUCGCACUUGAAAAAUUCGAGCAGGCGGCUACAUCAAAGCAUGAAAAACCAAGUGUCGCUCGCGAAACUAUUGUAUCCGUCACUGCCGAAGAAGACCGGGAGUAUCUUCAAAUCGAGUUAAAGAAGCUGAAAGUCCUCAAGCGGAUUGUAGACGCGCGCGUCGGUGAACUGAACGCCGAGAAUCAUAUCUUCUGUCUACGCAACAGUUGUCCAGUCAAAGAGCCUUCUCACGAAACCGGUCGAUACCAAGAAAUGUUCAGACUCCAGGAAGAAGCCCGCAAUAUUGCUAGGGAAAUCGACGACCGUACGAGGCGCUAUGCAGCGGCGCAGUGUCUCCCCAUCUGCACUAUGGUCGGCGACAAACUACCCCGCGAGCUUCGCGACAUGAUAUACCAAUACAUCAUCGGGGAGUCAAUCGUGAGGAUUGAUAAGGAGGUGCUGGCAAGUUUCCUCUUUUGUUCCGAAAUCGGUGUCAAGCCCAUUCUUCCCGCAGGGUUCACGAAUCGCACCACCAUUGCCUGCGAGCACCUCUGGGAUCGUGAAUACUCCGGCAAGCCCUUCUACUCCGAGCUUAUCGAGGCUUGGUACCGCAAUACAACGUUCUCCUUCGUCGAAUGUCGUCUCGUCCCUGACUUUCUCAACGAUCCGCGGUUCGGCUACGGCGUACCACCGCGAGAGUGGGUGCGCAAGAUCAGAAUCAUCAGGAUUACGACAACGGAGAGUAUCCUCUCUAUAUACAGGGGAGAAGAGAAGGCACAUAACAUCAAGACCGGCGAUCUGGAAAAUCUCAAAGAUCUGCCUAAGCUGACGCGUGUCAUAUUCGAUUUUGACGCAGCCUUUUCGUCACUCCCUACGUAUCACGAUAACUAUAGGCGAUUUGUGUUAACAGAUCUGAAGGAGAUGUUUCCGAAGAUUCAGGAUCUACUAGAUAGGGAGUGUAGGGUAUCGGUAAUGUUCUCCAGUAUGGGGCCGAUCGAAAUGCGAAGGGAUGAGCUUACUUCUCGAAUAUGGGAGGAUAAGCUGGAGGCUAUAAGGCCUGAUUAG